UGAAGAAUUAAAGGACCUUUAAUCUCACAAAAGUACGAUUUAGUUCUCAAAGUAUUGUAUAUUUUAAAGGAAAUGGCCGAUACAUGGUUGUGACAACAUAAUGGGAUAGUAUUCGAUUUAAUUCAGGUAAAACAAAAAUGGCCCAAAACUCUGCACACUAUGAGCAGGACAAGGAUGCAGUUGAACUGGACAUCGAAUACCAAGCUAAAAAUAGAAUCACGGGGACUUCCCUUCCAACUAAAAGGGGUUCUUGGCCAAUUCUCUUUGAACGUGCAUCUGGAAGCUGGUGGAACCCAAAAUUUGAUUCUAAUGCUUUAGAGGAAGAACAGUGGAAAAGUUACCUUCCACAGACACGGAAACGAUUUCAAUAUGCGCUCUUCUAUAUUAUCAUAGCUUGUAUCGCUUGGUGUGUAUUCUUUGGAACUACAAGAAGUGAUAAGUGGACAUAUUUUUUAGGCGGAACUUUAGCUCUGUUGGGAUUUGUAGCACUUAUCCUUUGGUUUAGUUACACAACCUUUUAUGAAAGGUUUUGUUUACAUACUUCAAUAGUCCUGACUGUUGUGUUGUGUGCAGCAAUACUUGUGCAGUUUAUAUAUGCACAAUCAGACUUGUCAACAAUGGGUAGUUUUACUGCAUCAAUAGAAGUGUUAUUAAUCAUGUAUGCAGUAUUGCCCAUGCCACUAUUCGUUGCCAUUGGAAUAGGUGUGACACAUUCAAUAUUAUAUGAAGUACUCGUUGUACUUCAGAAUAAAGACAUGCAGUCCGUAACAUUUAUUGUUGGCAAAGUUUUGCUACAUUUGUGUAUUCAUAUCAUGGGCAUUCACAUAUUUGUCAUGUCUCAAGUUACACGUCGUAGUACUUUUUGGAAAAUAGGCCAGUCUGUAAUGGCAAAAAGAGAUUUACAAGUUGAAAAGCAGAUCAAAGAAAAAAUGAUCCACUCACUUAUGCCUCCGAAAGUGGCAUUGGAAGUGAUGGAUUCACAGCGUAGUAACCCAGAUGAAGAAGUUGAUGAUGGAAGAGAGAAGAAACACAAUUCAAAACAUAAGCAUCAUGAGAAGGGAGAGAUAAUUUUCCGACCAUUUAAUAUGAGUUCGAUGGAAGAUGUUAGCAUUUUGUUUGCUGAUAUUGUUGGUUUUACAAAAAUGAGUUCAAAUAAAACAGCUGAACAUUUAGUAGGUCUCCUGAAUGAUCUGUUUGGAAGGUUUGAUGCCUUGUGUACUCAGUGUGGCUGUGAAAAAAUUAGUACAUUGGGUGAUUGUUACUAUUGCGUGUCAGGCUGUCCAGAACCAAAGGCAGAUCAUGCUCAAUGCUGUGUAGAGAUGGGGCUUGGUAUGAUCAAAGCUAUAAAGCAAUUUGAUAAGGAUAAUAAUGAAUCAGUCGACAUGAGAGUAGGUGUUCAUACUGGUACUGUUCUCUGUGGUAUAGUUGGCACAAGGAGGUUCAAGUUCGAUGUCUGGUCUAAUGAUGUCACUCUUGCUAAUACCAUGGAAUCUUCAGGAGUUCCUGGGAAAAUUCACAUUUCAGAUGCAUCGUACAAGUUUUUAAAAGAUGAAUAUGAAGUUGAAGAGGGACCUGUUGUUCAAGAUAACAGGACAUACAAAGUAUUGAUUGAAGAUUAUAAUAAAGAAACAUCUCAGUUUUCUGUAAGACAUAAAGAGGAUCAAAAAGUUAUAAAGACUUAUUUUAUUCAUAAACCAAAGAAGAGAUCAACAGCAAUCAGUCCUAAAGCUUCUAGUGGAGAUUUGGAGAAGUUGGGGGAGACAGACAAUGUUACUGUUGAAAUAGAACAGAUUGGUCUCUCUGGUGCUACAGGGGAAGGAGGGGAGACCAAAGAGAAAGUUGGAUCCAGACUAUCAAAUCAUUUUGAUUCUAAGGGUGCUGAUGUGAAUGGCGUAUCUCCCACAGAACUUCUCCAUCGUAGACACAGCAGUGGAUAUUAUGAUGCUAGUGAACAGUCCUUGGAUAAAAUUGGUAGGGGUGAAGAAAUAAAGGAUCCAGCCAUGGUGCCUAUGAAUGAUACUUGGCAGCAUCGGCUGGAAAUGCACAGAAUAAAUGAUCAACAGAUCAUCACUUGUCUACAAGUGGAUAUCAAAAACAAAGAAUUGUUUUACCGUCCUCCUAUUAAUCAACUUACUCUUAGUUUUCUCAAAAUGGAUCUGGAACAUGCAUAUAGGAAUCGAUAUGAUGAAGAUUUAAAGUACCAGAACACUGUAUCUUCUCCACGGUAUCAUGCUUUGUUAGAAACAGUUGUAUCAUUCAUCAUUUUCUCUUUGAUAUCAAUUUGUUGUUUCAUUAUCUUCAACAGGAAUAUAGCAUGGAUCACAGUUUUUGUUGUCUCAUUAUUAAUUGAAGUGUUGGCAUUAGUGCAUACAUUCACUGAUAUUAAAUGCCAUGAGAAAAAAGUAGCUGACUGUCCAAGUUGCGUACAUUUUCUGUCUGGCUGGUAUUGCCGUAACUUAGUUGGAGCUGUUUUAGCUAGUAUACCUGUAAUAGCUGUCUAUUCUAAUAUGUCGUGUCAGCUAGUGCUUAGUUCAAUGCUGCAAGACCGUUUCUUCUGCUAUUGCAUAGUAAUGGCUAUGUUACAUUAUUGUAACUUUACUAUGCUGAGUUCCUGGAUGAAGUCCAUGUUAGCUGCAUUAGCCGGGAUUACAUUACUGAUUCUGCUUGGUGUAGAGUUGUGUUUCAUACCACAGCCAGUAUCAACCACAAUGUCUGUUAUACUAAAUGUGACGGGUAAUUCUACCAUGCCACCAUACGUAGAUGCAACCACUUAUCCAACUCAUCUUUUUUCUGGUCACCAUAAACUUAUUUUUGAACUAAUUUUAGAUAUAUUACUGUUGUUUUUACUCAUCUGGUUUCUAAACCGAGAAUUUGAGAUUAGUUAUCGUGUCAGUUUCCAUGGUGAUUCUGGGGCUGCUAAGGCUAAGCAGCAGAUGAAAGAAAAUAAAGAACAAGCUGAUUGGUUACUCCACAAUAUUAUUCCUCAACAUGUCUCAGAACAACUCAAAACCACAUCUAAAUUCUCCAAAAACCAUAAAGAUGUAGGAGUAAUAUUUGCAACUAUAGUUAACUUCAAUGAAUUUUAUGAUGAAUCUUAUCAGGGUGGACGUGAAUAUCUCAGAGUCUUGAAUGAACUUGUUAGUGAUUAUGAAGAUCUCUUAGAUGAUAAACGUUUUAAAGAUGUAGAGAAAAUAAAGACAAUUACCAGUACAUUUAUGGCAGCAUCAGGUUUAAACGAUGUAAGUCGUGCCCAAAACAAGCAUCCAUUCGGCCAUUUAUUGGCGCUGAUGGAAUUCUGUAUAGAAAUGCAAAAUGUGGUCCAAAGGUUUAACGAUAGUAUAUUUAAUUUUGAUUUCAUUCUGAAUAUAGGUUAUAAUUUUGGAGAAGUAACUUCUGGAGUAAUCGGUACCACUAAACUAUUGUAUGAUAUUUGGGGGGAUACAGUUAACAUUUCAAGUAGGAUGUACUCUACAGGAGUGAUGGGUAGGAUCCAAGUUCCAUCCAAAACUAUUGAAAUCCUUGGAGAUUUUUUUGAAUUUGAAGAACGUGGUUCAAUACAGGUAAAAGGCAAAGGUGAAAUGAAAGUUGCGCUCCUUGUGAAAAAGAAAGAAGGAGUUCACUGGGAGUAAAUGAAGGUUGUAGUUUAGUACUGUUUACUUCAACCAUUGACAGUUAAGUGAUAUAUAAAGCCAGUGGAUUGUUUAAAUACACAUUAAUUUUGUCUUUUAGUAUAAUUGUUUUUCAAUUUUCAAUUUUAAGCUGAUAUAACUAUUUUAUUAACUAAGGCCAUAUAAAAAAAGCUUGUGUGUUUUCAUUUGGUGAAUUGUGUAUAAGGCUUUAGUAUUUACCCUUGAAUUUGAUUGUGAAAAGCCUAUAUUUGUUUCUGUUUACAGUGCAUAAAAAGAAUUAGUGUCUAUUGACCCAAUUUUAACCCACAUCAACAGAAACUCAUGGUUUUUUUUUAUAUUUUUACAAAUAGCAAAUUUUUAUGAUUCUGUAUUGUAGCUUGUCUGAAAUAUAAUUUGAUGAUGAUAGAUGGCUGUCUUUUUAAUUAAAUAUAAUUAGAGGGGUCACUACUUUUUUUUACACUGAUUCUUACAUUAUGCUGUAAUUAAAACAUUUACUUCAUAUUUGUAGGCAUAUAGGUGACAUAAAGCCAUGCGUUAUUUUGCAAUCACUUUAUAGUUUCUUUUCAAAGAUAUUAAACCAAUAUACCGUAAUCAUUUGGUCCAAGUUAGCAUUAAAUUGUUCUUUACUUUUAAAGUUUCCAACAAAACCAAUAUGACAGGAUUUCUAGAAAUUGUCCUAUUUAAUUUUAUAUGAUAACCCUAUCAACCAAACUAAUCAGAUUUUUUGGUCCAAUUUAUACUAAAAUCUUUCUAGGGAUUUACUUUUACUGAUCUACCAAACAAGUGGGACUACAUAGUAUUUUGUCCAAAAUAGCAAAAAAUUGGAUGUUAUUUUGAAGGUUUAAUUUUAGAAGCAGAAGGACUUCUUAUGCCAGUUUACCAGUUUAAGGGCAUGGUUCUCUUUGGGUACUCUGGCUUCCUCCACCAAAAAACUGGCUGCCAUGAUUAGGUCAAGAUUGCUGAAAGUAGUGUUGAACAUCAACAAACAAACAAUUGAGGUAAAAAGGGGUGGGGAUAAUAAUUUGUGAGAUCUGCUUUAAUUUUUCUAGUUGUUUUUAUUAUGAUUUUAAUUUUUAGAUGAAAAUUUAGUAUUCUGAAUUAAUGUAUUGUUAUACAAAUAGCAGUUAUGAUUUGUUGUUUGUAUAAAGCACAUGUGCUUUGUUUGUAUUAAAUUUGAAAUUGCUGUUUUUAGUUGAAACUUUAGAAAAUGAACUGUGAUUUUUUUUUAUUGUAAUAUCAUGGUUUUUGUUUUACUAUGUUCCUCAUAAGAAAAUUAAAACAAUAUUGAAUUUUAGAUAAUUAUGAUAUUUAAGGGUAAUUCAUUAAUCUGUUCCAGAAUAAAAUGUUAGUGUUUAUAUAGGAGGCAUUUUUCAUAACUAGCACCAUAAACAAUAUAUUUUACAAUAAAUUAAACCCCAAUCUAAAUUGACUAAGACUGCUAGUUUUCCUGUCGACGGUCAGGGGAUCAGUCGGCUCUCUGGCAUGCUCCAUCAAUAAAAACUGGUGGCAGUGAUAUAGCCAAGAGUGGUGAAAGUGGCAGUUAAACACUAACAAUCCAUCAAUCAAUAUCUUUUACUUUCAUGUAAUGAUCUUCAUCUUGGGAACUGCUUAAAUGAUAAUAAACAAACAAUCCUCCACUGAUGUUUUUUUUGUGUGGAGCCUAUCUAACCAGUAUGUCCACCAUCAUGCAUGGGAUAUAAAAGUUAUUUAUUUGAACUUAUGGAAAUACAUUUUUGUAUAGAAUACUUUGUUUGACAGCACCUUUAAACUUAUACUAAUAUUAGUUUUUUAUAAUAGUAUAUUAUAUCCUUUUUGAUUGAACAAAACUGCUAACAAUCAUUUGCGGAAGUGAUAUUUUAUUCUCGGCAUGUGUAUUUUCUUGUUUAGUUAAAAAUGAUGAUGUCAGCACUAUGUAGGAUGACAAUGUCACACACAUAUGUUUACUGUAAAUUGUUUCAAAAUUUUGAAUGAUUGUGCAUCUUUAUAAAAGAUAAUCAAUCCUUUUAACUUAAAGUCCCUGGAUGUAUAUAAUAUUUUUAGUGUGCAUUGAAUACUUCUGUUUGAGGUAAGAGGGACACACAGUAGAGACUAUAAACCAUAUAUGAUAUUAGCACCAGUUGAGAUAUACAGGGUAAGGUGAGCCUCUUGUUAUUGAAAUGAUGCAGUAGUUCACCAAAUGUUACUUGAAAAAGUAUUUUAAUGAAGAUGUUUUUACAUAUAUUUUAAAUCUGAAACAAAAUCAGAAACUAUUGUGCCAUAGUUCUUCACUUGAUGCUACAAAGUAGUUGGGGACAAACCUGUGUGUGAGGGUAGGGGGCCUUGUAGAGUGAGAUCUUUAGUUCAAGGGUGACUCAUGAUUCUUUUGUCUACAAAUUUGUAUAAUUAUACAUUUAUUGAUGUUAGUUAUGUGUAUCUUUGUGGAAAUUAAAUUUGUUGUCAAUCCACAUGGAGCAUACAGAUUCAUUGGAAUAAAAUGAGGAUGUGGAGCUUUAUUGUUUAAUAUGUUUAAAUUUUAUGAACUGAUAAUAUAAAUUUCAAAUGGGCAUUCAAUUUAUGUCAACUUUUUUCAAGCAACCAAAAAAAUUAUAAUGUGUAUUACAUUUAAGUUAUUAACAAAUAAGACAAUGGAAUCUGUAAGCUCUAAUGGGACAGGUGAUAACUGGCAUGGCUGGAUGAUGCUGCUUUUACAUUAUGCAAAUACAGAAAAUGAAAGAUAAUGAGUAUAAAUUAUUAACAGAAGCCAUUAGUCAUUUUGUUUUGGCCAUUUUGCUAUGUUAUCUAAUUCCAUGGUCAGUAUCAACAGUUUUUUUUGUGUGUUUUGUGAAGCAUCAUUUACUUUUUGAAAUAUGUAUUCAUUAUAAAUGGAAUGUACAUUUUUAAUUGUGUGGUCACUAUCCAAAAUAAGAACCUAUCUUGAGCCAUUAUGAUCAAUUGUCUGCGCUCAGGUUUAGUCUAAAUUAUAGUGAAUAGGAUAAGAGAAGCAUGUUAUCCCAAAUUUCAUUUUUUUUUAUAGAAUUAGCUGUUAGAGAUCUGCUGAUGAUAGUUAUGAGAAAAACAAACCAAUUUGAUUAUAUAUUGUACUUCAAAAACAUUUUUGGGGUUUUUUUUG